UUUUACUUGUAUCUAUAUAAAUCAAAUAUCCUCUUCUUUAAGCAUAGGAAACUCAGUUAAAGCUUGUACGAAAUCUAACUCAACCCCAAAAAGUGAUCUUGCUUGGCCAUUGGGUUUUUGUUUUCAAAUAUUCCAUCGAAACAUACCUCUCAUAUAUGUCGUUCAAUUUGUCUCUACAUUGGUCCUAACAUUAUCCCAACUCUCCACACAUUUUUUUUUAUUUGUCUUUUUCCACAAAAAAAGUAAAAAUAAAAUAAAACAGUUUCUGAAGAUAUUAUGGGGAGUGUAUAUCGCAAGAUCUGUCGUAUUUUCAAGAAAACAAAGAGGCCUCUUCCAAUCGAAACCUCAUUCGUGCUCCCAUCUGCAUUGCCGUCGUGGCCUGCAGGUGAGGGCUUCGCCACUGGGAUUAUCGAUCUCGGCGGCUUGCAGAUUCGUCAGGUCUCCACGUUCAACAGAAUCUGGGCUGCGAGAGAAGGCGGCCCCGACAACCUCGGCGCCGCCUUCUUCGAGCCCUCCGCGCUUCCCGAUGGCUUCUUCAUGCUCGGCGGCUACAGCCAGCCCAACAACAAGCCUCUCUCCGGCUGGGUUCUCGUCGCCAAAGACGCCGACGGAGCCGCCUUGAAGCCGCCGACGGAUUACUCCCUCGUCUGGAGCAGCGAGAAUUUGAAGAUGAAGCAAGAUGGGGUGGGCUACAUUUGGUCGCCGACUCCUCCCGACGGCUACAGGGCUGUCGGCAGCGUUGUCACGAGCUCCCCCGCCAAGCCCGCCCUCGACGCCAUCCGCUGCGUCCGCGUGGAUCUCACGGAUAGCGUCGAGGCCGAGGAUUGGAUUUGGGGGAGGUCGGACGGGUUCAGUGUCUACACCUCGAGACCAAGAAACAGGGGAGUUGAGGCUUUGGGGGUUCCCACCAACACGUUUUUAGCUCAAAACAAUGGAGGUGAUUUAGGGUUAGUCUGUUUAAAGAAUGGCAAUGGGAAAAUCAAUGGAGCAAUGCCUAAUUCUGAUCAGAUCAAGGCUCUGAUUCAAACAUACUCCCCACGUUUAUAUUUCCACCCUGAUGAGCAAUACUUCCCUUCAUCGGUGACAUGGUUCUUCCAAAACGGCGCACUUCUGUACACGAAAGGGGACGAGUCGAAGCCCGUUGCCAUCGAUGCAACGGGCUCGAAUCUUCCCCAAGGUGGCGGCAACGAUGGUCUGUAUUGGAUUGAUCUACCCGUGGACAGUGCAGCAAGAGACAGAGUAAAGAAGGGUGAUGUAUCGGAAGCAUGUUCCUACAUCCAUGUGAAGCCAAUGCUUGGUGGGAUUUUCACCGACAUAGUGUUUUGGAUUUUUUACCCCUUCAACGGCCCUGCAAGGGCCAAAGUGGAGUUCUUGAACAUAGGGUUGGGCAAGAUUGGGGAGCACGUGGGUGAUUGGGAGCACGUGACGUUGAGGAUCAGCAACCUGAAUGGGGAGCUGAGGAGGGUGUAUUUUGCGCAGCAUAGUGAAGGGGAGUGGGUGGACGCGUCGGGGGUGGAGUUCGGGGACGGGAACAGGCCGGUGGCGUACGCCUCGUUGCACGGACACGCGGCCUACCGGAAGGCCGGGCUGGUGCUGCAGGGGAAUGGGAGCAUCGGCAUAAGAAAUGAUAGUGGCAAGGGGAAGGUAUUCUUGGAUUGUGGGGCUAAGUAUGUGGUGAUUAGUGGGGGGGAGGGGGGGUGGGUGAAUUAUGGGAGGGAAUGGGGGCCUAAGAUUAGUUAUAGCAUAGAUGAGGAGUUGAAGAAGGUGGAGAAAGUGCUGCCGGGGAAGCUGAAGAGUGUGUUUGAUAAGGCUGUGAGAAGCCUGCCUGAUGAGGUGCUGGGUGAGGAGGGCCCCACGGGGCCUAAGUGGAAGGAUAGUUGGGUUGGUGAUGAGAGAUCAUAACAAGAAACAUGAUAUAUAGUAAGAAGAAAUAGAGGAGUCUCAAAUAAUUAUAUAGUUAUCGAAUUUUAAUUUACAUUUGCUUGUUGUGUGUUUCAGUUGCAUUGAAAGUAGACAUGUCGGAUCUUUUGCAUUAACAAUGUGUUUCGAGCUUUGUUGGUUUC